ACGGAGCUAUCCUUAAAUCUGCACCUCGCCUGUUAGUUUCUCUGCGCGGUAUUCCUGAAGAUUGUUGAAUCCUUUGUGAGAAUUGUUUGCACGACGUGUGAGGAAUUCCCAGCCGAACCACUCCGAAAGCAGACAACUGGGCUUGUAAAGGCGGACUGAGCAACAGCGAAUUGACACAUUUUGGGCCACGGCAUCGCUUCUUUGGUGGGUAAAAGUUAGUCAUAAGUCUCAGAUGUGAGCGAAGGAGGAGGAAGAUGACGAGGAGGAGCUGAGCUAUGUGGCAACAACAGUCUUUGGGAACACUGACGUAGCUAACACAAAGUGACUAGAUGGAGGGUGAAAAAGAGAGACAGAGGCAGCAGGGUGAGGAGAAGGAGAGCAACGAGGCCGAUGACGGCAUUAUGAGCGGCGAUGAUGAUGUCGGUGACAACGACGAUGAGGAUUCAGAGGGUGCGGCGCUGGUCUGGCAGGAAGGCUACAGUGAGGACAACCUGGGCCUUCCCAUCAUGCACUGGGAGGCACUUAGUCUGCGUAUCGCCGAGUUGGAGAAGCAAGAGGAGGAGAAGAAGGAGAAGAUGGCAAAGAGUCAAGUGUCUCUGGAGCGAAGCCGUGCACCAGUUAGUUGGACAGGAGAGCGAGGAAGGCGAAGAGAAAGCUGCGGCGACGACGACGACGACGAAGCCUGCAACAGUCACAUGACGGCCCUCAGCUCGCGGCUGCAGACGCAGAUGAACCUGCAGCUGUGCUUCAUCAAUGACAGUGAAAGUGAGGAAGAAGACACGGAGAAGGAAGAUGACGUCCACAAGAAGAGAGGAUCCAUUCCUGUUCAUAAGAGCCCUCAGCCUGCAGCCAAACCGGAGAAAACAAAAUCAAGAGGUUUCCGUAACACUUGGAAGAAGCUGCGAGACAGACUGCGAGCAGACCACAAGCCACUGACGCCCGCCGCCAACGAUAGCAUCGUCCAGCAGAGGCCCUUGGAGCGCACCGAUUUGCAGAACCACACCAUGAAGGAGCUCACUGCUCUUUGUUCCUCCCUCAGAAAAACUAUACAAGACCUAAGUACAGAGCUGGUGGGCCGCCUUCAGAUGCGGGACCAGCUGAGGACGGAGCAGGACGCCAUGUUGCUGGAGGUUCAAGACUUGACCUCGCUGGGAACGCUGCUGAGCAAUCCCAGCUGAUGGUGACACCUUGAGAACAUUGUGAGUGUGCUGGGCAAGUGGGCAGACAUCCCAGUGGUAGCUGACUGCGGUCCACCCUUUGAUACAGCUGGACCCUUUUUUUUUUUUUUGUACACCUAUUUUUAUUUUCAUUUUUUAUUCUUUUUUUUUUUUCUCCAUUGAAAAUCCAAAAACACCAGUUGUGCUAAGGAGAACUUUUCCCGCUUUACGUAGACUGACACAUCACCAGGAGGAAGUAAGGGAUCUUAUUAGCAGACAAAAGGAAUUGUAUGCAAGUCAUUUUAAAAUGUUUUUACAUAUAAAAGGGAAUAUUUUUUAACAUUUUUAUACCAUAGAACUAUGCUGACCUCAUGCCCACUCAUACUUAAUGUUAAGAUGACUAUUUCUUUCAUCUUUUCAGGUAUUUUCUUGUAUUAGAAAAGUGACGACCACUUUAUUUCCAUUGUGCUGUGGAAAACACUUCUUUUAACCCGUGUUAUGUAUAGUGUUGUUAUUGGUGACUGAAUGUUAACAAAUCACUUCAUGAUAAACACAUUUAAUAUUGUCAUAUUCUUUAAA